AUGGCGCACGUCGCCGUCUGCGUGACCGCCCCGAGCGAGCCCGAGGCUGAGGCCAUCGGCCGCGCCUUGAUAGAGGCGCGCCUUGCGGCGUCGGUCAAUAUCGUGCCGGGCGUCUCGUCCGUCUACUGGUGGGACGGCGCAGUGCGUGAAGCCGAUGAAGCCAUGCUCUGGGCGAAGACCCGCGCCGAUCUGGUCGAGCCGCUCACGGCCAAGGUCAAGGCAAUGCACAGCUACGAUUGCCCCUGCGUCAUCGCGCUCCCGAUCGCAGGCGGCAAUGCGGACUAUCUCGCCUGGAUCGACGCCGAGACUGCGCCUGCGUCCACCGAUCCCGACCAAGCCUGA